UAUUUAUACAGAGUCCAAAAAACAAAGCAAAAGCCAAAGUUUUAUUAAUCAUUCAAUUCAAUCAAACUACUACUAUAAUCUUCCCAUCUUUUUUCCCUUUUUCUUGUUCAAUCAUUCUCAACCAAAUAAAGGCAGAUAUAUAUAAAUAUGGCAAAGAGUUCGUUCAAGCAAGAACAUGAUCUUGAGAAGAGACGCGCUGAAGCUUCUAGGAUUAGGGAAAAAUACACAGAUAGGAUUCCGGUAAUAGUUGAAAAGGCUGAAAGGAGUGAUAUUCCCAACAUUGACAAGAAAAAGUAUCUUGUCCCAGCUGACUUGACAGUAGGGCAGUUUGUGUAUGUCAUUCGCAAAAGGAUUAAAUUGAGUGCAGAAAAGGCAAUUUUCAUAUUCGUCGACAAUGUCCUACCACCCACAGGUGCAAUCAUGUCUUCCAUCUAUGACGAGAAGAAGGAUGAAGACGGUUUCCUCUAUGUUACCUACAGUGGAGAAAACACAUUUGGGGACCUUAACUUGGUGUAGCUUUCAUGGUAUUGACAUUGGAUCAUUUGCUUAAAGCUCCCAUUUUCAUCGUCCAUCGACAGUGCACGGACACUAUUGUGUCCUGCUAAUAUUUCACUUGCUAUUUCCAUCUUAUUUAGGUUUCAGUAAAUAACAAGAAGUUGUGUAUAGCUCAUAUCUAUGUAUAGUUCAAGAAAACAAGUAUUAAAAUCUUCUGGCAAGUGAUUUUAAUAAACAGUUGAAUUCAGUCUCA